AUCCAACGUCGGAUCCAAAAACCCUAAUUGCUCCGCGUCCCUAUAAAACGAGCUCCGCGAGAGCUGCUGCGUUACCAUCGCUACCGUCGUUCGUCAAUUUUUUCUCCUCCUCCUGCGCAGAGCGGCCGAUUGCUCGAGAUCUUUCCCUGAGUUAUUAGCUUUUUCGUCGGCCAUCUACCAUGGGUAAGGAGAAGGUUCACAUCAACAUUGUCGUCAUCGGACAUGUCGACUCCGGCAAGUCGACGACCACCGGUCACCUCAUCUACAAGCUUGGAGGGAUCGACAAGCGUGUGAUCGAGAGGUUCGAGAAGGAAGCCGCUGAGAUGAACAAGAGGUCUUUCAAGUACGCCUGGGUGUUGGACAAGCUCAAGGCCGAGCGCGAGCGUGGUAUCACCAUCGACAUUGCCCUCUGGAAGUUCGAGACCACCAAGUACUACUGCACUGUCAUCGAUGCUCCUGGACAUCGUGAUUUCAUCAAGAACAUGAUCACGGGUACCUCCCAGGCAGACUGCGCCGUGCUGAUCAUCGACUCCACCACUGGUGGUUUCGAGGCCGGUAUCUCCAAGGACGGUCAGACUCGUGAGCAUGCAUUGCUCGCCUUUACUCUGGGAGUGAAGCAAAUGAUCUGCUGCUGUAACAAGAUGGAUGCGACAACCCCCAAGUACUCCAAGGCAAGGUACGAUGAAAUCGUGAAGGAAGUGUCGUCCUACCUGAAGAAGGUCGGGUACAAUCCCGAUAAAAUCCCCUUCGUCCCCAUCUCUGGUUUUGAGGGUGACAACAUGAUUGAGAGGUCCACCAACCUUGACUGGUACAAGGGUCCAACCCUUCUUGAGGCCCUUGACUUGAUCAACGAGCCCAAGCGCCCAUCAGACAAGCCUCUCCGUCUUCCACUUCAGGACGUCUACAAGAUCGGCGGUAUCGGAACCGUCCCCGUCGGUCGUGUCGAGACCGGUGUCCUGAAGCCCGGAAUGGUCGUCACCUUCGGCCCCACCGGACUGACCACUGAAGUGAAGUCUGUCGAGAUGCACCACGAAGCUCUUCAGGAGGCCCUCCCCGGUGACAACGUUGGGUUCAACGUCAAGAACGUUGCUGUGAAGGAUCUUAAGCGUGGUUUCGUUGCCUCCAACUCCAAGGAUGACCCCGCGAAGGAGGCUGCCAACUUCACCUCCCAGGUCAUCAUCAUGAACCACCCUGGCCAGAUCGGCAAUGGCUACGCUCCGGUGCUCGACUGCCACACCUCCCACAUCGCCGUCAAGUUUGCUGAGAUCCUCACCAAGAUUGACCGCCGAUCCGGUAAGGAGCUUGAAAAGGAGCCCAAGUUCCUGAAGAACGGAGACGCUGGGUUCGUGAAGAUGAUUCCCACCAAGCCCAUGGUGGUCGAGACCUUCUCAGAGUAUCCUCCCCUUGGGCGUUUCGCCGUCCGUGACAUGAGGCAGACGGUCGCCGUCGGUGUGAUCAAGAGCGUGGAGAAGAAGGACCCUUCGGGAGCCAAGGUGACCAAGUCUGCAGCCAAGAAGAAGUGAAUCGUGCGGAGGCUUCCGGCAAGUUACAGUUUUCUAGCCUCCAGUCUCUAUCGCCUGAGUUUCAGUCGGGUUCUGUUCAGCGUCUUUGUGGUCGCCAGUUGGAUGCAGCAGAACUGGGUGCUCGAUCGACGGUGGCACCGCCACGGAGACCUUUCACCUCAGCCGUUGUGUUCAUGGAGUUCGAGUUAGUUCUUUUUGGUCAUUUGUUUUCCGUCUUUUUUAUUGCGUCGACAUUGAAGUUUUUUGGUGAACUGAGAGUUUUUUGUGAUGGAACUGCCGGAGGUUUUUAGCUGGUAGGAUAUAUUAUUGCUACAGUUUUUGCGAGUCGGUGGAAUAACGAGGGAUACUUUGGACUCAAAUUCGAUAUUUUGGGUUUUGUUA